AGCAUCCCUGGGGAAAACCAGCAGCCAGCGCCUGUGACGGUAUUUAUAUGGCACAAGCUAAACCCAGGUGACCAGAGGCCUCUUUAGGAGCUGGGAUCACUCCAGCUUCUGGCACAGACAAGGGAAGCUCAGAGACUGAAAGCCACUCCUACGUUCCUGACACCAUCGCACCAGCCAUGGCGAGAUCUGGUGUCUUCAUCCCUCUGCUUCUCCUCUUCCUUCUCCCUCAAGUCUCUCCUGACUGCUACACGGGCACAGCUGAGGAGUGCGAGGAGACCAUGACCUUCGUGCCCGCGCACAGCUUGGUGGGGGAGGGCAUCGACGUGACCACUCUGGAGUGGACAGGGGCCAAUCUGGUGGACACCAGCCUGUGGCGCCGCCCAAAUGGCACCUGCACCCUCUGCGAGAACCGGCUGCACGGACGGCAGAAGCAGAAGCUGCCGCUGGCCGUGGUGGACUGGAAGGUCCAAAUCUCAUGCAACCGGGAGUUCAGCAGUUCAGUGGAAGAGUCAGCCGCGGCUGUGGGCCGGGCACUGGCGCUGGAUGUGAACAACGACUGGAUGUCUGAGCUGGAGCUGCUAGAGGAUUCCCAGGGCCCGGCCUUGGGGGGGUCCAAAUCCCAGCUCACCAGCUACGCUUACCAGAAGGAGCUGCAGGACAAGUACAUGUUCGUCCGCCAAGAGGUGCCGUGUGUGUAUUACAGGUUGAGACUCACUCAACACCCCACACUGACGCCCCAGUUCUCCCAGGCCCUGAGCAGCCUCCCAUCCAGCUACGACUCAGCGAUAUACCGGCCCUUCCUGGCCACGUACGGUACCCACUACGUGAGGCAGGCAGACCUGGGGGGAUACGUGCGGCAGCUGACGGCUGUUCAGACCUGCCGGGCAGCGCUGGACGGGCUGACAGCCGCCGAAGUCAAGGUGCACCUGGACUCACAGUUCUUGCAAGACCUGGGCCUGAGCAAGAAGGGCAGCGAGGGCAGUGGGAGCUCCCAGAUGCCCUACGUGGAGAAGCGCCUGAAGGUGACGGGUGGCCACAGCUACUCCAAGCAGCUCUUCUCCACCAAGCAAGAUGCCAACUCCUUCUCGACCUGGAUGGAGAGCCUGAAAGCCAGCCCCGACCUGGUCUCCUACUCCCUGAUGCCCAUCCACACCUUGGUGAGACCGGGCGACCGCAGGCGGGAGGCGCUGAAGCAGGCAGUGAAGGAGUAUGUGGCUGAGCGGGGACACAAGAAGAGUUGCCCUCGUAGCUGCCCACAAGGGAGUCAGAUCGACUCCGAGGACCCCUGCAAAUGCUACUGCCCCGGCAACCCCCUCACCGACUCCAUGUGCUGCUCACUUAAGUGGGGCACGGCCCGGCUGAAGGUCCAUGUGCUGCAGGGGACAGACCUGUGGGGAGACACCGUGACCGAAACCGACGCCUUCGUCUCGGUGUUCUUCCAAGGGCAGAGCAUGGAGACGGACGUCAUUCGUGAGAACAACAACCCCAUAUGGUCACAAGACCUGGACUUCGGGCCGGUGACGCUGCCGCUGAAGCCCGACUUGAAAAUCGAGGUAUUGGACAAGGACACAUGGAGGAAGCAAAGCCUAGGCGUCUGCAACACCUACCUUGAGGUCGGCAGGAGCGAGACACUCACCUGCAGCCUUAAACACGGCCAAGUAUCGUAUUCGUACACGCUGGAGUGUGGGCCCAACCUGGGAGGCAACAACUGCCAUGAGUACGUGCCUGUGAGAGGCUAAUGGGCUAAAACCCAGGAGUCCUGGCUCCCAGCCCCCUGCGCUAACCCACUAGCCCCCACUUCCCUCCCAGAGCUGGGGAUAGAACCCAGGAGUCCUGGCUCCCAGCCCCCUGUGCUAACCCACUAGCCCCCACUCCCUUUCCUGAGCAUUAGCAAGUCUCCCAAGAGAAUAAAGCGGCUACACCUUUCCAAACUAACCCUGCCCAUCUCAGAGAGUGCAGGGGUGGGUUUAGACAAAUCCCUUUGUUGUUUUUAGUUGGUCUAGUUUUGCUGCUUCCAACCAGAAGUUGCACAUUGAAACCAUGAAACUAAUAAAUGUCUGUGUACUCUUGAA